GACGCCGCGGCCAUCCCCGACAGCGUGCAGUGGGACGCCUGCGCCACGCACAAGGACUGCGACUCGUGUCUGAACGCCAGCGUCGCGUGCCACUUCUGCAAGAGCGACUUCCAGUGCCACGCCAUCGGGUCUCCGUACGGCUGCGCCCGGCAGGAUCCGCAGUACGUGGGCUAUGGACCGCCGCCGUCCGUAGUGAUCGCGGUGCUGUGUCUUAUGGUGACGUUGACCUGCUGCUUCUGCGGCAUCUCGGCGAUCUGCUCGGUGUUUUGUCGGGCCAAGAAGCCGCCGUCGAGGCGUGCGGAGCUUGCAGCGGUGCUGGAUAAGGACAAGCGGAAGAAGAAGAAGAAGAAGAAAACGACGCUGAGAGAUGAUGAGGAGCGUACCGAGGCGCAGAGGCAGCCUCUGCUGCUGGAGGAGAUCCGUGAGGGAGAAGUCCGGCUGUUCGAGAACGAGGUGGACCAGGCGUCGCUCGAACGGCUACGCACUCGCUACGAGCACGAAGAGCGGCAGUUCAACUGGCAGGCGUUCGCUGCGCGGGUGACGUGGCUGACGGCGCUCAUUUCCAUGACAGUGCUCGCUCUCAUGUUCUACCCGCGCAUGCCGGACUACAACGUGUGCAACCGCGAGUUUGAGUGGGAGUCCAUUCUGCACAGCAUCAUGGGGUUGGAGCCGAAGGUUGAGUACCAGGUGCUUGUGAGCGUCAUCAACGAGAACCGCUUCGGCUUCGUGCUGGAGUCGGGGCGGGCCGACAUUUACCACAACUCGACGCUCGUGGGCAAGUGGGAGCUGGACAAGCCAUGGGAGGCGAAGGCGGGCUCGAUCAGCGAUGUCAUCGCGGGCAUCAACAUCCAGCCAGGAUACUCGGAAGGGAUUGCGUUGUGGAGGGACUUUAGCAGGAACGAACUCAUUUUCCGGAUCAAUGCGACGAUCAUGGGCUCCAUCACAUGGGGAAGACACAAGGUA